GUUACUACUUCAACCUGGUUACCCUGUCUUUCUCUCUUCUCCCCCGUCUCGCCUUUCCCCCCUGUCCACUAUCUCUCCCACAGUGUGCCCCAUCAGUGAAACAUCCCAGUCUGUCAGGGCAGCUGAGCUCCAGCAGCACCCCUCCCAUGGGAACCCCCAAGUCCCAGAGCGGCACCCCCAGACCGGCCUCUGUGGUAGGGAGCCACCUCCAGGCUGCGGGAAGCAGGACCCCCUCUUCCACGGGACACCCCGACUCUGAGCCCCCCCAGACCAGACCGGGGGGUCUUGGAGCCUCCAACAACAUUAGCAGUACUCCCUCCCACCAGCCAGGGAACUCUGUUGCACCUAUACCUUCUGGCCCCGGCCCAGGCCCCGCGGGUGGAGGUCGUGGAGGGGAGGGGAAAGGGGUGCUGCCUCACCCCAGCACGGGGGUGUCUCCGUCGGGUAGCCCCUCGGUGCUCUCAGCCCACCUGCAGGUGGACGUGGGGGCGAGGGGCGGGGGUGGUCCGGGGGGUAACGGGGGAGACGGGGGAGACAGGAGUCUGUCUAAAGAGCAGCUGGAACACAGAGAGAGGUCUCUACAGACCCUCAGGGACAUCGAGAGGCUUCUGCUCCGCUCCGGGACAGCAGGGGGCGCCGGAGAGCCACCGGGCCCCGACAACAACCCCAACAAUGUAAACAAAAUGAACACAGAAGGUAGUGGCGGCGGUCCGCUGGAGGACGGGGAGAAUAGCGGGAAUAAUAACGAUACUAACAACAUGUUGGGCAAGAUGAAGAAGUACGAGGAGCCUCUCAGGUCCAUCAUCUCCCAGACGCAGCAGCUGGGGGGGGCCGGGGGGAUGGACGGCUCUCCCAUGGGGGGUCCCCACCACCCCGACCACCACCUCCACUCCCCCGGGGGCCUGGACAUGGGGCCCCUGUUGGGUCCUGACGGGCUGACCCCGGAGCAGGUAGCCUGGAGGCAGCUGCAGGAGGAUUAUUACCAGGAGAAGAGAAGGCAGGAGGAGAUUCAGCCUAACCCUCACACACACCCACAGCACUUCAGAUUGAUGCAGGAGAUGGGCCCCCCAAUUAUGAUGAGGGGUCCCCCUCCGCCAUACCACAGCAAGCCUGGGGAGCAGCAGUGGGGGCCAGGGGGUCCCAUGAUGGGUCCGGGAGGGAUGGGACCGGCUGGGAUGGGGCCGGGUAACCCUCGGAUGAUAGACAUGCACCAGGAGGGGCCCCGGGGUCCACGGUUCCUGGGCCAGAUGCAGAGGGGUCCCCCUGGGGGAGGGGGUUUCCCAAGCAGUCCUGGAGGGGUGUUAUCCAUCGAGGGUCUCAGCCCCCAACGGGCAGCCAGGCCAGGCAUGUGGAUAGAGGACCUGCCCCCCAACAUGAUGGGUGGUGGCAGGGGGCCUUUCUACCAUGGGGGGCCAGGUGGGGGACCCCCCCAACACAUGCAGGGUGACCCUGAGCGCCUGUUGACCCGGGAAGAUAUGUUCCGCAUCAUGGAGAAGAGGCAGCUGCAGGGGCUCCACCACCUGGAGCUGGAGAGGAUAGUCCAACAACAACAACAGCAGCAGCAGGGUAUGGGGGGCCCCAGGAUGAUGGAGGGACCAGGGGGGUUCCCCAACCAGGGGAUGGGCCGAGGGCCAGGAUCAAGGGGGGACCCCAUGGACUUCCUAGGGUCCAGGGAGAUGAUGGGGUCCCCGGGCGGUGGUGUAGGAGGAGGGGGCCCCCAGAUGAGAGAUCUGGUAGACUCCUCUCUCGGCCCCGGGGGAAUGAACAUGAACGUUAACAUGAUGAACCAGCAGCAGCAGCAGCAGAUGAUGCUGCAGAAGCUGAGAGGAGGAAGAGGAGGAGGAGGGGGGCCACUAGAGGGGCCUCUAAGGGACUUGCUGAGCCAGGAGGACAUCGCUCGGCUCCGGGCCGCCCAGAAUGAUGCAGGACGUGGAGGGAAUAAAGCGAUGCUCCACUUCCCUAACCAGGGGCACUUCCCUGGGGGACCGGGAGGAGGCGAUGGAGGUUACCUCCAGGGGCCCGGGGCUAACAUGUUCGGGUUGCCUGACCAGCAUGGUGGCGGGCCUCACAUGGGGGGUACGUCUCGCCUCAGCCACAUGCCCAUGGGGGGCAGUGGUGGUGGGGGGGGACCCCGGGGCGCAGAGCUCGGCCCUCACCACCCUUCGGACCUGUCCAUCAACGUGAACCCCAGUAUGGUCUCCCCGGCGAUGCCCCCUCCCCCUCACCAGCUCAAGUCUCCAUCCCUCAACCAGGAGCCAUCGCCUCUCAUGAACUCCCCCGCCGCGGGACUUAAGUCCCCCUCUCAGAUAUCCUCCGCUGGGGGUCCUCAGAGCCAGCAACACCCCUUACCUCCUGCCUCUGGGGCCGGGACCCCUUCCUCUUCCUCCAUGAAGUCUCCCCAGGUGAUGGGCCCCUCCCUGGGGCUGCGCUCCCCCUCAGACUCCCCUGGACGUCUGAAGUCUCCAGCCAUGGUGCCGUCUCCGGGCUGGACGUCCUCUCCGAAGACCGCUCUCCCCAGCCCUGGGGGACUCAGCAGUGGGAAGGGGCUGGGGAACGGAGGCAGCAGCUCCACAGAGACCGGACCAUCACUGCCCCCCAGGAGUUCUAACUCCACCCCUAUCAGCCAGCCGGGUUCCAUGGCUCCCAGCAUGCCGUUCACCUCGUCGCCAGACAACCCUCCGACUCAGAACCCCCUCUCCCUCAUUAUGUCACAGAUGUCCAAGUAUGCCAUGCCAAGCUCCACCCCUCUCUACCACGACGCCAUCAAGACCAUUGCCACCUCCGAUGACGAGAUGAUGCCAGAUCGCCCUCUGCUGUCCGGAGUCGGAGGUAACCCAGGGAACCACCAGGGCUCUAUGCUGCUGUCCCAGAGUUCCAUCGGUGUCCACAGCGGCCAGCUGUCCCCCAACCCCAUGGGCCUGAACGGUAUGAAUCCUGCCAUGAUGGGCGCCGGAGGGGGACCCCUGGACAGGAUGGGAUACAGCUUGUCCCCCAUGCACCCCCAAAACCAGAUGGGAGGGUUCCCACGCAUGCAGCACCCCUCUCACGGAGGCCCCAUGCACUCCCCUCUGGGCGGUAUGCCUCCCCAGUUCUCCCAACAGAACCCAGAAGAUGUCAUCCCCCCCCAGCAGCUGCAGCACAUGCUCAGUAAGGGCAUGUCCCACCCCCACCAGCGUGGCCCCCACCCCUCGGACUCCUUUUUGGGCCCCGACGGCCCCGACCUGAGUGACGUCAUCCGACCGACCCACUCAGGCAUCCCGGAGUUCGAUCUGUCUCGUAUCAUCCCCUCCGACAAGCCCUCCUCCACCCUGCAGUAUUUCCCCAAGGCAGAGGGCAUGUCCGGGGGCCCGCAGGGCCAGGGGAACCACCCUAAUCCCCACCAAGGCCAGCCUGGCUCCCAGGGCCCUGGACCCCCUCCUCCACAGCUCCUGAAACAGCUCUCUGCCCCUGGCCCUCACAGCAAUGCCCCCUCCUCCAACCCUCACAUUGCUAACCUCCAGAACAUGAUGGCAGAGCAGCAGCUGCCCCCUCACCCCUCCCACUGCGGGAUGGGUAGACACGGUAUGGCGGGGAUGCCCCAGGGCGGAUCCAGGGGCAUGGGAGGUCCGGGUGGUCACAUGAUGCACCCUGGACACCUGAUGGGGAGGACAGGUAUGGGGCCAGGCCCCACCCAGCAACAGCUUCAACAGCAGGCCAUGAUGGCUAACAGCCUCCUCCACGGCGGCCACCCCGGCCCCCAGCCCCACCCAUCCAUGAUGUCCUCCCAACAACACAGCCUAAUGGCCCAGCAGAACCUCAUGCUGAUGCAGGCUAAGCAGAGAAGUAUGGUCCUCCCUGGAGAUCCAUUCGGCCAGCAGGGGGGACCCGUCAUGUCCCCUCAGGGCCCCAUGAUGGGGCCGGGCCCCCAACACCCCCAGGGUGGGWUGAUGGGCCCCGGCAUUGGCCCUGGCUCCCAGGGGCCUCUCAGACAGAGAGGUAUGUCCCUGGACAGUCCCCUAGGCUACGGCCCUGGACCAGGGAGUAUGGCUAACAUACCCUUCUGAUCCCCCUGAGCAGCCUGCUACAUGUCUGGGGUACAAAAUGGCCCCCUUAUUCACUACAUAGUGCGUUUGGGAUGCAGACUUACUGUAAAAACCUUCUUUUCAAUAGGGUGUUUUUCCAUUGUCUCAUAUGUUUUCAUCAAUGUUAAUACUGUUAUUAUUGCUUCAGAUUGUUAAACAAAUAAAUGAUAUCAAUUGAUUAUCUUCAUGUUGUUUGGAGUACAAACUGAUAAAAAAAUGAAAUAAUAAUACUGAAGAGCUGUCAUGACAACGGUUUAAUAAAAGAUAUUUGAAGCCAUUUUCUAAAAUAUCUGUAAAAUAUGGAGCCUAUAUUUCACAGAUGACUGUAUUUGUUUUGGACGAGGUUUACGCUUGUAAAGCCUAUUGGUUUAUAUAUCUUUAAUAUCAUUGAUUAUUUUUCUCCUCCGGCUACCAAACUGGAAUAUAUAAAUAUAUAUGAUAUAUAUAUAUAUAUAUGAUAUAUAUAUAGUUGCUGUAUAUAAGAUGCAAUUUGUGAUUGUUUGCAAAUGUUCUGUAUAACUGUGUUUUAAU